AUGUCGGGUCACCAUUCCUCCAGGAGUCCUCUGACUUCUUCUAAUGGGACCGCAGUGAAAGCUUUGGUCCCCACAAACAACGUCACAACGCAGGAAGGCUUGACCGUUCGGGCGCGUAUCGAUCCUACACUGACAGUAGAUGAUGUGGUGAAGCAGCUAUGUGUCAACUUGAAAAUCAAAGAGCCUCCGUCGCAUUAUGCGCUCAGGGACGAGACGGACGAAUUGGUUACGAACGAUAAUCUGAGGAAAAAGAUCAAGAAUAAAAUCAAUCUAAAACUCGUCAACGCUCCCGCUCGCGAAGCGAGGGAAACUGCGGAGAAAAUUAGCAAUCCAAAUGAGAAGAAUAUCAAGUUGACACUCUUCUCCUUGCAAAAGUACAUACGAGAAGAACAAUUUGCCCAUGAAUUUCUGAACCAUCAAGGCCUUGCCGACCUCGUCGACAUCAUAAAUUCUACAACUGGAAAUACCCUUGCGUACGCACUAACUGCUAUGCAAAAUCUCAUGGAACUUGAUUACGGUUGGGCCAACCUGGAUAACAAUUUUAUUCUUCGUGUGGUGCAAAUCCUCUCAUCUUCUCAAUCCUUGAUCAAUGUUUGUCGUCCCGCAACCGCGAUAUUGAAAAAACUCGUUGAAGCGGAUCCAAUGAGCGCUCCUGGACCAGUUACCGCGAGCUCUAGUCGGAGUCCUCCGACGGCACCACCAGGCUCAGUUUAUCGUUAUGGCUUUCCGGUGGUAUAUGAGCAGAUGAGGAAGGAGCGAGGUUUACUCGAAACGGUUGUUAACCGUUUGGGGAGCGCAGACACAGCUAUGGCGCAAUACAGCUUACCCCGACUUCCUCAUAGUAUGAUGUUGAUAAACUCCUUAUUGUCCCAUGUGACAGACGCUCGUUGGGAGGAGUUCAUCUCAGAUCUCGAAAGACUCAAUGUGCGGAAAGCGGUUGUUCGCCUAAUGUCGCUACAUACGGUCGAAGAUCUAACGUCAUGCAUUCUGGACUUCCAAGCAAACAUUGUGCGCGUCACAUAUCGGAAAAAGACCACUCCCGUUAAUCCAGAUAUACCCGCCCACGCUGAAGCUCUGAAAUCUAUUUGGGAGUGUAGUAAGCUGGAGGAGGAAACUGAUUCAAGUGGCCAACCCUUAAGAUGGCGUAAACUUGGAUUUGAAACCGAGGACGUUGUGCAGGAGUUUAAUGAGGUUGGCGUUUUGGGCUUGUGGUGUUUGAAAAAGUUUGUCGAGAGCGAUCCAGACUUUUCCAAGGUGGUACUCGAACAGUUGAGUCGGUCUGAAGAGCGACGUUGUCCUAUUGCCAAGGCUUCCAACGAGGUGGUUGAGUUGUUGUCAGAGCAUUGGGCGAUCUUCGCUCCUGGCUGUACGUGUCCGUCACGGUGGCAAGUAUAUCUGCAGACUGAUCUAUUACUAGAUUCCACCUCCACAACAUUCCAGCCGUUUUUCUUAGACUUUUACAAGGUGCAUGCUCUCGCUACUCACUUUUUCCUCCGCAUGUGGAGUGAGAGCGGCGCUGCUUCGGGGGAUUUUACUCGUGUGGUUGCCCUUGUUCGCAGCCAAGUCAAAGUUGCCCUUCGAAGCGAAAACGUUCGGCCUUGGCACGAAGUCGAACAUGACUUCAUCGACUGCGAAUAUCGAGCUGUUAGAGAUCGCCAAAUGAAGGAACUAGAGCUAGAAGAUGAUUUAUUGAGUAAGGUACCUGUGAGGAAUCUCCGUGCUAAACUCUACAAGGAGUCUUUCGAGUUUGUGCGUCAACAAAGAGUCCAAUGUUUAUUGCAAGGAGCAUGGUUUGUGAAUGCUCUGCCACAAUCGUCUCCUAGAGAGGCGGCCAGGCGGCCAAGCAGGCCAUGGCGUUUUAUGAGAUUAGACACAGGUCUAAAAUAUUUGCAUUAUGUUGACAGCGCUGUUAAGUUUCCUGUUCGGAACGGCCUCGAGGAUCUUCCGGAAAGAAUAGACGUUUCGCUGAUCAGCGAAAUAGCCACGGGCACAUGCGCACCUCCACCCAACGUGUUGCGUGACCAGAAUGACCUCCCGCCAGUUUCAACACCUGCGCUUUCUCCCCUCUCGUUCUCCUUGCUCAGCGCCCACGAAGGUUCGCUAGCAGAUCAAAUAGCUUGUGAUCAAUCGCGUUGGGCUGAUUGGACGGAUGGUCUCAACAUGUUGAGGAGGGACGGAGGUCACGUCGCAUCCAAGGAAACCGCUGGCUUCGUCCACGCGCUUACGGAGAUUGGAUUGAAAAUCAAACUUUUAGAUCUUUCCGGCGAGCAGGUGGAGAUACCAAGCGGACUUGUAGCAGGUCCUCCCCCUACAAAUACUGACUUUUUCUUCUCAGACUUGAUUUAG